AUGCCGAGCUCGACUCCCUCUUCUCUACGCUACCGCCCCGCAAUCCUCGUAUUCACUGGAGCAGCCGCUGCCUACGCUGCCUAUCUUGUCUACAACAGCUUCCAAGCGUCACCGAGCGAUGGCUUGCAUCGCAGCAAUGCCGUCCGCAGGCGAUCGCGAAGGCGAGAGUACGCUGCCGCACCUGCUUCACAGAACGAUCAGGAUAUGUCUUCCCUGGGCGAGAUCGAUAUCGAGGGCGCAUCUAUCCAACUCAAUCCGCAUGACCCCAUUCGGGCGGGAGAGCUUCACGAUAUGAUCAUGCGGGCACGCCCUGAUUUUACUGAACAAGAAGUCACAAACGCGAUUGACCACGUCUACGAUGUUUUCUUUGAUCGCUUCUUUAGAUCAGAAUUUCGCGACCGAGUUCCCUCUACAGUCGAGGUCGAGGCCAUCCGUCAAUGGAUUGGUGAUCGUAUCCCAGAUCAAGCAGCAAUCCAGCGUGCGGUAAGAAGACACGCAGAAGCCUUUGCACAAGAUGGCAGCACUGCCGUGAACGGCACCGAAAGCAUUGCUGGUACAGAUCUCUCCUGGGGAAGCGAAGACGAUGAAGAAGAAGCUAUGAUUGAUCAAGAUGGCCAAACUCUACAACGUACUCUAUACUAUAUUGCCGAAGAGCGUGCCCGACAAUACGGCGUUGUGCACCGAGGCAUCACUUGUAACGGCUGUGAUGAGAAGCCCAUACGUGGUGUCCGAUGGCAUUGCGCCAACUGCGUUGACUUCGACUUGUGUUCCAUAUGUGAGGCGACUAACUCGCACUGCAAGACGCACAUCUUAUACAAGAUACGCAUACCUGCCCCCCACCUCAAUCUUCAAAGGCAAGAGGUCUUGUAUCCAGGCAAGCCUCAUAAGAUGAGUAUGUCGGUUGACCCAGCGCUUAAGAAACGCCUCGUUUCAGAAACAAAGAUGGAGGCAGAGGAAAUCGAUGCUCUCUGGGACCAAUUUUCCUGCCUUGCUGGUACCAGAUGGCGUGAAGAUCCGAACAAUGUGUUCUAUGCUCUGGAUCGCCGCGCCUUCAACCAUGCAUUCGUCCCUCGUUACAACACCUUCACCGCCGCACCAAAUCUUAUUUAUGACCGCAUAUUUGCCUACUACGACACAGACAAUAAUGGGCUCAUUGGUUUCGAGGAGUGGAUCAAAGGUAUUGAUGGGAUGCACACGACAGAUGUGGAGGUAAAGGCGCGGAUCGUCUUCAACGGAUAUGACAUUGAUGGUGACGGCUACAUUUCCCGUCGGGACCUUCUACGUAUAUUUAGAGCCUUUCACGCCAUUGAAAAGGAAGCAACACAAAAUUACGUCGCUGGCUUGACGGAUGAUUACGCGCCGCGAAACCAAAUGAAGAAGAUUUCUUCUAGCCAGCCACUUGGUUCUGGAUUUUCGCCUCAUGGUAUCGUCCCUAUCGCUCUGGAUCCGUCCCGUUUCUCAAAGUCGUACAAUGAUGACACCAAUACCGCGCCAGUGCUUCGUGAUGAGAACUCGGACCUUGCAAACAGGGAGGCCAUGUUGCGGGCAACGAGGCAGUCCGUACUGAGAGAGAAUGACCUUUCGAGUGAACACCCAUUGGUACGCCAACUAUCUCAAACUGUUACAGACCGAUGGGCGCGCAGGCAAUUCUAUGUUGACGAAGAGGAGGGAAUGGGACCUCCUGGAGGCCCUACCGACAAGGACGAGGUAACCGAUGGAGUAGCUAGAGAAAAUGGACGACCAGACAUGUCACCGUCUCCAUCAAAACCUACUAAUGCAUCUUGGGCAGGCUAUGAUAUACCAGAGCCGGAGAAGGAUUUAGGGAAGGAGGUACUUUACCAGAUUUCGCAAGAGGGUUUCAAUGAACUUCUUGAUCCGCUUUUCCAGGAGAAGGAGGACUUAGCGAUGGAUGUGUUUGAUACUCGGACCCUACGCCGAGAGAACGCUGCGGCGAUUGACAAGAUGCUCGCUCUUUUCGACACCUACAAGAAAGAUGCUGGCGCCAUCGCUCAGAUUGGCUUCUUCCGCUACGCGCAUGUUGUAAUAGAGACGUUCUGCAGUGUGUUCGAGUACGCCAACCAAGACGGCACAUUGCAGGAUGCGACUCGCUCCGAUAAUGGCCAGGGCUUGGACCGUGAGAAAGUCAAGCACGUGCUGUAUGGGCAUUAUUCAAAAACCGAGGAAGUCCUGCAUCGGUUUCUCAGACUCCAGGUCGUCAAAACGUCAGACUACAAAGAGCCCGAUGCGAUGACUCUAUGGAACAUUAUGCUUUGCAUGCUGCAACUCCGCGAAGAAGCAUUGCAUGCUGCUUUUCAGUGCAUUGAAAGUCUAGGCUGGUUUGUAUCGAUCGACGACUGCAAGAUGCCUUCUGUCGACUAUGAUCAAACUUGGCCACAGUUCAGACCAAAUUCUUCAACUGACACGUACACUACUUGGGCGUCCCCUGGCAAUCCCCAUUACAAGAAGAAUCCGGGCUCCAUAGAGGAACCAUCCAUAUAUGGCUACAAUUUGCCUGUAUUAGGAUACAAUGCGCCCACCAGACACAGCAAGGCAUCUGGAGAAUAUUUGAUGUCGGCGCCUGAGGGACCAUUCUUUGUCUAUGUAGACCCUGACAGUAUGAUCGGCGACUUGGAAGUUGUUGCUCCUGUACAAGGAGAUGAGAAAAUGUCGACCAACCCACCGACAGAACUCCCAGAUGCCCCAGCAGAUAUACCGGCAUCCACGUCCGUACCAGACCCAGCCGAAACAAUCGUUCAAGAAGUCGAUCACCCUUCCCUGGAAAUGCGUACAGAAGAUCUAUACAGACGAACCAGGCACUGGGGCACCUACGACAACGACCCAGAGAUGUUCCGUUUCUCCAUCACGCCCACCAGUCUCACCACCGCCUUCCUCAACUACGAAUCCGAUCCCGCAGUACACUCGCUCUACAGCCCAUACAACCCGGCCCUUGACCCGCUCAAACCCGUCGUUCGCCGUAUCCGUCAGCGAGCUAUGAAUCCCAACUCGAACUUCCACGUCACCAUGUUGGCAAGCCUGCAGCUUGUGGAGCAGGAGAUUUUCGAGCGCAAGGGCAGUGGUUUGAUUGGGUACGAGGAGUUUGCGGGGUUCAUGAGGGAGGGCAAGUUGACGUUUUUGGAGAGCUGGUUGGAGUGGGCAGUACCUGGGGGGAUGUUAAACAGCGGGUUCGCCCGAGAGCUACACCACCACGAAACUGGAUUCUGGAAGCUUUAUGGGCACCACAGACUGGGAGAAUAG